GAAACAAGAAGAACUUUGGCAGCUACCACUUCCAUUCAAAGGUAAAACCGGUGUGCUAUAAAACCUCUCACCUACACCUGCACCUACCCACACCCCACCCCCAUCAACCUCUUCCUUCCUUCAAGUCAAAGCAAUACCGGCCGGAGAAACAAUGGCCACCCAUACCACCACCACCUUCAUUGCAUGCCCAACAAUAACUCCACCAACGGAAAAUUUCCACCUUCCGUCAACAAUCACAUUCAAUUCAACCAGCAAACCGGUAGGGUUUCCAAACUCCGUUAAAUUGAACAUAGCAACAACCGGUAGCCGAAGAAAUGUUGUUCGAGUGUCUGCGAUCGGAGAUCGAACCAACAGCAGCACCGGCGGCGAUGCUAGCAGCAACACCAAAGGCAAGACCGGAUCAGCCGUACCUAACUCCAACUACGUGGUGCCGUUUGACAGUUCUCCUUCGUGCAUCACGCGUCCGUUGAUUGAGAUUCUGAGAGAUCUUAAUAAGCGGAUCCAUGAUAAUAUUAUUGUGAAGCAGGAUGACAGUACUCAGAGUUCAUUCAUCCCUUGGUACCACGCUAACAGGAUGUUGAGUUUCUACGCUCCAGGUUGGUGUGGAGAAAUACGAGAUGUGAUAUUUUCAGAUAAUGGAAGUGUUACCGUGGUUUACCGUGUUACAGUACGUGGUUCUGAUGCAGAGGCAUACCGUGAAUCAACUGGAACCGUGUCGGCUGCCACCAUUGGUGAAGGUGUCGACCCUGUUGCUGCAGCCGAAGAAAUUGCUUUUUGCAAAGCAUGUGCUCGUUUUGGACUCGGCUUAUAUCUGUAUCAUGAAGACUAGAAGCCAUACAUGAUUUCAUAUGCAUUAAUAAUAUAUCGUGAAAAUUUUUGUUAUGUUCGAAGCGACAUGAAUAAUUUUUUUUAUGUAUUUCCAUCCUUUAAAGACAUAUGUUUGGUAUGGGUAUAGUGAAAAUGAGCAGGAGGAUGACAUGGAGUUAAUUGCACAAAACGUUCUUUAUGUUU